UUAGAAAGACCGUAAUGAUUCUCUCUAGCUGACAAGAAUUUCCGAAUUUGACCAGGCUAGCGAAUAUUUAGACCCACUUCAUUUGGGCUAAUAAAAGGUGGAAGUGCCUAAAGAAUAUGUUCUGUACCCACCUGGUACCAAUCUGUACUCACCUGCUGAAUGAAAUGCCAUUUUUUUUAAAAGAAGCCGUUAUGCUCAACUAAUAAACUGCGCACUUUUAAAUCAAACAUGGCGGACGAGAAGCGGCGUAUUUUCUUUUUUUGCUUUUUUAUAAAUCGCUUUGCGCAUAUCUUAACUACAGAGAAAUAUGUAGAAGAAAUCAAUGAACGCCCUAUUGUUGCUGUUCCAGUAAUGCGCAUCACUGAUAAAACUUUAAUAAAACUUAAUCCUGCACUGAAAGGAAAGAAUUACCUUUCUGCUGGUUAUGUAAAGUUUAUCGAAAUGUCUGGUGGAAGAGUCGUGCCUAUAUUACCUGAAAUGACAGAUGAAGAAGUGAAGCAUAUUUUUAAUUCUGUAAAUGGCUUACUAUUUCCAGGAGGAGAAAUUAGUUUGAACGGCUCCGGAUAUCACAUAAUGGUGAAUAAACUGUUGGAACUUGCAGUCAAAGCUAAUGAAGAUGGUGUUGUGUUUCCUGUUCUUGGUAUUUGUCGGGGUAUGCAAGCUUUAAUUGUUCACGAUGCAGAGGAAGGCUUGUUCUCACUUACCCUCACAAAUUCAAGCAACUAUACUGCUACUGUUCGGUGGAAUACACAAGAGUUGAAAAAUAGUUCGUUUCUUUCAUCAAUACCUGAAAAAAUGAUGCAGGAAAGUGAAACGUACCCUAUAACAUCCCACUUUCACAAGUACGGUGUAACCCCUGGCUUUCUAAAAAGCUCUUCAAAAUUAAAUAAACUUUACAGAGUUUUAGCCACAAGUUUGGAUCGCGAUGGGAAGGAAUUUAUUUCUAUAUUAGAAGGUAAAACGUUUCCGUUUUAUGGCGUACAAUUUCAUCCAGAGAAAACUAUGUUUGAAUGGGCUGAAACAAUGACUAUUCCUCAUUCAUCAAAAGCAAUUCGAUUUGGUCAGUUCAUAGGUAACUCGUACAUGGAUCAAGUGCGUCGAAACACUAGACAUUUUCACAACAGUUCCAUUGAGCGAGAAUAUGUCAUUGAAAAUUACAGAUCACUUAGAGCAGACAAUAUAAAAAGUCACACGCCAUUUCAACAAAUAUAUAUUUUGUAAAAAAAAAUUUUCUAAUUGCAAGGACAAACUUGGCCUAGGAAAGAAAUGUUCGCGAGAAACAACAAUAAUUUCCCUCGAAGAAUAGUUUUCACCGCCAAUCACGAAAGGGAAAUAAUACAAGCACACCCAUUUUUAAUGUUUUUGUUUUGUUUAUCCUUUAAAAUAUAAGGGGAAAUAUGUACGAAUUAGUCAAUUUAUAAUAUUUCUUAAGUAAAAAUUUGAUGCCUGUUAAACAAUCCUUAAAGUCAAGUCCGGCAAGAAAUACAAAUCUGUGAAAUUAA